UAGGAAAUCCCAAAAAUAAAAAACGAUCGCUUUUAUCCCACUCUUCCUCUUCUCUUCCUUCCUUAUGCUCUUUCCUUCUGUUCUUUUUUCUUUCAACUGAACUUUCGGCGUUUUGAAUUAGGGUUUCUCAUUCUCCUCUUCCCCGUCACAGUCCUUUGUAAUCUCAGUCGCCCGAUCUCCCGAGUAGCCGUUGCCCCUCCCUUCCCGCCAUUUUCACCCUCCCCCCAGCCGUAGAUUGCGGCUGUUUUUGUAUACUAGCCGUUAGAUCUACCCCCACCCCCACCCCCACCGGGUAUCCGCGGACACUGUUUAGCGGGAAAAGAGAUGUCGACAGAGGAGGCAGAGAAGAAGGUCGAGGCGGAGGAGAAGGCGGGCGAGCUGCUCUUCUGCGGGGCCACGUGUUGGGACAUCGUUGGCCGCAAGAGGUCCACUGGGGACACGAACUUGGUCUCCCCCACCCGGCUUCGGCCACUUGUCGGAGUCGACAUCCGCUUCGUUGCCUCCGGUUGCUCAUCUUGUCACUGUGUGGCGUUGGAUGUUGAGGGGCGAUGCUACACAUGGGGGCGUAAUGAGAAGGGGCAGCUGGGACAUGGAGAUACCAUUCAGCGUGAUCGACCCACAGUUGUUUCUGAACUUAAAAAGUAUAAAAUUGUCAAAGCCGGUUCAGGGAGGAAUCAUACUGUGGUUGUAACUGAGGAUGGAAACUCACUCGCCUUUGGCUGGAAUAAGCAUGGGCAGCUGGGAUCAGGUUCAGUACGAAAUGAAAUUGAGGCAUCCCCCGUCCGCUGUCUUGUAUCUGAAGUGAAAACCACUGCCUGUGGGGCUGACUUCACUGUCUGGCUAACUUCUGUUGAAGGAGCUUCAAUACUUACUGCAGGGCUUCCACAAUACGGUCAACUUGGACAUGGAACUGACAAUGAGUACAAUACUAAAGAUAGCUCUGUGAGAUUAGCUUAUGAAGCCCAACCACGCCCAAAAGCAAUAGCAUCUCUUUCAGGGGAGACUAUUGUCAAAGUUGCUUGUGGAGCUAACCAUACAGUGGCUGUAGACUCAAAUGGCUAUGUUUACACGUGGGGCUUUGGUGGUUAUGGGAGACUCGGUCACAGGGAGCAAAAGGAUGAGUGGGCCCCUCGUCGUGUUGAUAUCUUUCAGCGCAAUAAUGUUUUACCACCCGAUGCCGUGGUUUCAGCUGGUUCUGUGAACUCUGCAUGUACUGCAGGUGGAGGGCAGCUGUAUAUGUGGGGAAAGAUUAAGAAUACUGGUGACGACUGGAUGUAUCCUAAGCCACUCAUGGAUUUAAGUGGGUGGAAUAUCCGCUGCAUGGAUUCUGGAAGCAUGCACCACUUUGUCGGUGCCGACUCAUCCUGCAUCAGUUGGGGACAUGCUCAAUAUGGAGAGCUGGGAUACGGUCCCCUAGGACAAAAGUCUUCUGCAGUACCUAAAAAGGUUGAUAUUCUCGAGGGCAUGCAUGUGAUUGGAGUUGCAUGUGGCAUGGGCCAUUCGCUGGUUGUCAUUGAUAGAACAAAUGUUGGUGAGCGUCUCGAUCAGUUUGAUGUUUAUGAUGGCAAAUCUUCCCUUGAAGGAAGUGAGGAACCUGAGAGCAAAGCUCCAUCUACUAAGCAAACUCCUAAGAGGGCGGCUACCAAAAAAGCCUCUGACAACAAAAGGAAGAAGAAAGCAAAAGCAUUAUCCUCUGAAGAUGAGGAUGAGGAUGAGGAUGAGGAAGAGGAAGAGGAAGAGGAAGAGGAGGAGAGCGAUGUUGAGUCCGAUGAUAGUGAACAAGUCAACGGCAAGGUUGGCAAAAAAUCUCAACGAGGUCGGAAAGCUGCUGGCAGAGGCCGAGGAAGGGGUGCAAAAGCAACGGCCAGUGCCGGAAGAGGAGGCAGUGGUCGGGGAAAGAGAGGAAGGCCUCGCAAAUCUUAACUCUGACGGAGUUAUAUCCCCACUCUGGUGCAAGCUGGGAAUUUUGGCUCUCUCUCAAAGAGAGAGGUGUGUACUAUUCUUUUGGAACAUUGAAUCGUGUUAUUUUACGUCUUUUAUGUCAUUAUCUUCAGGAUCUUUCGUCACUUUGAUUUGAGGAUGUUAUUUGACGAUGAACAAUUUUAAUGAUUCUGAGGGCUAGUGUGGCCGAUUGAGCUUGAAGGCUGGUUGGCUGCUUCUUGGUGUACCUAAUUGCAAUGAAGGAGACUAAUGUUAUACAUCA